AUAUAUAUAUGGCUGAUGGUCACGACUCACGAUACAAAUCCUACCAAAUAGCCCUCUUAACCAAAAACUUCUUCAUCUUCUUUGAUUAAUUUGCCACCUCGCACGUGCGAAAAGUCAAGUUCUCUUCGCUACGUGUGAAAACUCUCUUCCCCAAUUUAAAACUUACAACACUACGAAUAGUACGAACAAUUCAAUGUCUGCUUCCGACUUAGCUAGCCGGAAAAAGGAUCCGGUGUACAGAGGAAUCCGUUGCCGAAGUGGGAAAUGGGUUUCUGAGAUUCGUGAGCCGAAGAAAACCACUAGAAUCUGGCUUGGGACUUACCCCACGGCAGAGAUGGCAGCCGCGGCCUACGAUGUGGCUGCUAUGGCUCUUAAAGGAAGAGAAGCCGUCUUGAACUUCCCCGAAUCCGCCCGGUCAUACCCGGUUCCCGUAUCAACAUCUGCAGCGGAUAUACGAACCGCUGCGGCCGCUGCAGCGUCAGUGAAGGGAUGCACUGAGGAAGUAGGGAAGGAGGAGAAAGAGGCAAAGAAGAAGAAGAGUAGUAGUAAUAGUUCGAAGUCGAGAGCGCGUGAAUGGCACGUAGACAAUGAUGCGGGGUCUUCGUCGUGGUGUGGAACAGAGUUUAUGGACGAAGACGAGGUCUUGAAUAUGCCUAAUUUGCUGGCUAAUAUGGCGGAAGGGAUGAUGCUUGCACCACCGUCGUGGAUGGAUUCUCGACCGUCCGAUGACUCUCCGGAGAAUUCAAAUGAUGAGGACUUGUGGGGCUAUUGAUCGGUUUGUGUUGUCCACGUAUAUGUAUGUUAUCAUAUUGUUCUUUUGUUGGUUUUUGUUCAUUAUAUCACAAAUCAUAUGUUUUAAUUAAUUAUGGGUGUUUCUUGUAUUGUUGAAUUAGGGUUUGGUUUUUUCUUUCUCGAGUUUUAGGGUUAUCAAUUAGGGCUUUAUCAGCCUUAGCCUACUGAUUUACCCUUAAGUUCACGUCUUCAUGUGUUGAUUUAUAUCACUACUCUUGUAUUAUUUAU